AUGCCAAUCAUACCUCGUUUCCAGCGGCCAAAGUGCAAAGCGGUGGAAGGAACAGCAGGGUUCUCUGACCACCGCAUGCUGCUACUGACGGUACGUCAUCGUCAACCGAAUGCAAGAACGGAAACCCCCCGUGCCACAGAAAGCGAAUUCAACGUUAACACCAAGGAUGGAAGGGCCGGAAAAAUUGGACAACCGAACUACCGAGUCUCUCUUCUGACAACCGAUCCUGCAGCAGAAGAACGCUACUCUAAAGUACUUACCAGGAAAUUAGAUAUCCAAAAUGACGGCACUGUAGGCAGCACAAACCAGUUUAUCCAGUCUAUCAUAACUGCCAUAUUAGACACUGCGUCAACCACGCUGAAUGGAUCCACGUCCCCAUCAACUCCCAGAAGAAGGAAAUGCGGUCGCGACGUUGAAAAGGUUCAACGUGAGCUGCUAGCGAACAGAAACGAUGCAGAACUCAAAAGAAAGUACCGAGAUGCACGAAAAAGGAAAAGCAAAGCGUACGAAAACCACCAGGAAGAGAAAGUUAAGUUGUUCUUCGAAAACAUAGAAAACUUUCCAGUUUUAGAAAGACUCCGUUUAACAUUUCGUUACUUAAAACGUCAUCGCCGCAAAAUCACGCAAGGUGCAUCAACGUAUAUCCCAAUCCAAAGGUGGGAGGAGAAACUACAAUCCAGCGCAAGUCAAGCGGAAGUGGUAUUGCUUCCAGAGCCGACUCCACCACCAAUUAACUCAGGCCCAACGUGGCAUGACGUAGAACGCCUCAGCUUGACCCUACGUAACGGCACAGCUACGGGUGUGGACGCGGUACGCCCGGAGUUACUGAGAUAUGGGCCCGAAAGUCUACAUCGACGCAUCCAUGAAAUUUUGAAGCAAAUAUGGCAACAAAAUGAAGCGCCUCCUCGGCUAUUAGAGACUGUCCAAAUACCUAUUCCCAAAAACCCUCGACCCAAAAACGCAGACGAGUAUAGACGCAUCACCCUCUGUUCCGUUAUUUAUAAGAUAUACGCCAGAUUCCUGCUGGAACAGCUUGAAAUAUAUCUUGGAGACGUUGACAACUACCAGUUUGCGUAUCACAACAACAGGAGCGCCGAGGACCAAAUAUUCAUCGUACGCCAAAUGCUGGACGAGCGAUGGCGCAAAGGUAGAACCACGUAUAUCGUUUCGCUGGACCUACGGCAAGCAUUCGAUACCAUCGAUCUACGCGUGAUGCCAGAGACAUUAUCGAGGUUGGGCGUGCCCCCAUACUUGAUAAACAGAAUCGUAUCCGCAUGUCUCACCGAACGUACCUCGCUCCAGUGGUUCGGGCAAAGAACUGAAACACAAUAA